AUGCGUACGCAACACGCCGUAGAGGUGGCCAAAACGGUGCUUGAAGUCGCCGACGUCGCUUGGACCGCCGUUGAAUGCGGCCACCAUCUCCGUCAUCAUAAUCCCGCUCUCACCCCUAGCGAUAACGCCAUCCUCCCUUCUGACCAUGACUUGGAGUCUCUCCAAUCGGAAAAUCGACGCCUCAGAAGCUUGCUUGAUCAGAAUCUUAAGCUUCUGAGUAACCUCUCCGAAUCUAAUUCAUUCAUCAACAAUUGCCCUCCCGAUUUGCACGUGCGAUUAGCUGCUACGGUGAGGUCUGACGAGUAUUUGACUCGGCUCAAGUUUCUACAAAAGGAAACUGCUAGUGGUGGGAAUCAGUUUCCUUUUAAGGAGGCCACUGAGGUUGAUUAUCGAUCGGCUGAUAUUUUAAUCAAUGUGGAUGCUAAAGAGCCGAGUUGGUGGGUUUGGGUUGCUGAUGAGACGGAUCCGGUUAAUUUUGAGGAAUGUAGUGGAAUUGAUGAUGAGAGUUACUUGAUUAUCAGUGAGGAACAUGUGGUUGAUGGAGUUGCUAACUUUAUGGCAAGAUGCAUUAUGUCAAACCCGAAAGCCCUGAAGUUGUCACCAGAGGAACUACAGGAAAAUCUGUCUAAAGCAUUUGCUGGUACAAGCAAACUGGAAAGGAUUUUAGAUAUUUGGAAUGCUGGGAAGUUGUUUUAUACCCUUUCUACCUGGGGGCUUGCUUUGGCAGGGCUGUACCAAAGCCGUUCGUUGUUAAAAGUUGCAGCAAAGGGUGUUCAUUCAGGCGGUAAACUCGCUCUCAAGUUAAAGGCUCUAAAGAUGGCUGCUCCAUGA